AUGUCUAUUCCAUUCCUAAAGCUUCCAUCUGUAGUCCAACUCGAAGUACUGAGACAACUGGAAUUUCAAGAAGUGUUCUUGUUGAGUCUGUGCUCUGCGAAAUCAAAAAGAGUGGCUCAAAGUCUGAACAUGAGACCACUGAAGAUUAUUUAUAUCUUUUCUGAAAAAUGUGUUCAAGCUGAUGUGGCGUAUGAUCCAUAUGACCGGGUAUAUGGUGUCGCAAAUCUGAAAUUCAAUUCAUCCAUUCCUAGUGAUCAGAUAAGACCUGUUUCGCUAGAAAAAAAUGCGACUAGUUACAAAUUCGUUAAAAAAGAUUCAGAAAGUUUCAAAUUCGGGCACGUUUUACUCUUCCUGGAUGGGCACUCAGCUUUGGAAUUUCUCCAAAGUCAUAUGAACAACUUGUUCCGCUUCCAACCACUUGUGCAACUACACGUUUGGUCACUUCGUUCUAUGUACCAAUCUGGAAUUAUCAAAGAUGUCACUGAUACGUUUUUCAAUAUAAAUGAAUUGAACACGGUGCAACUCGAAAAAUAUCUGGUCAUUCAUCCAAACCAGAAUAGCCUUCAGUUAACCACCAAGCUUGUUGGACCACCGUUUGGGAAUGGCUCAAAGUUGUGGGAUAUCAAAGGAUUGCAUUAUCAAAAAGUAGAGGAUGCGAUUUUUCGUCGGGAGAUAGACGUCAAGGUCUCGGAAAUAAUGAGAAACUUUGGUGGAGAGCAUCUGUUCAUGGUCAAUGUUUUCUAUGAAAUCAGAGACUGGACACAUAUGAUUAGAAGCUGGAAAACGAAAGAAGCCUAUCAAAAUUUGAAAUGUUUGUAUACGAAAGCACCCAGGAAUACUUCUGUAAUGUUUGAACAUGCCAUGUCGGAGUUCAAUUUCGUGAAGUUUGAUGGUCAGAGAAGACCAAGAAUUGCACAAUUCGAUACGAAAAUCAUCAAUAUCAAAACGAGUUUCUGUGGAGGGCGUGACUGCGGCGACUGGCUGGAUAUACAACAGGACGGCGGAGGGAAGUGGGCGUCGAUUAUGAUGACACGUUCUUCAAUCUAUUUUGUUGUGUGGGAUUAG